CAGAGACUUAACCGACGGCCAGGGUCCGACCGGGGGAUAAUUAUUGACUAGACAAUAAACCUGAUGCAUGCAUGCAACAGACUUCUGAGGAGCAGAUUAUUCAACGAGGACAUGAGACAUACAUGAGCUGCUGUCUGGACCUCCUCGGCACCGGGCUGAGUGUUUAUUUGGAGUGAAACAACAGCUGUUUGUGGGACAGACACGAUGUUGUUCUGGCAGCAAUACACUGAAAACUUCCGAGCCCCAGUGCAGAGACUCGACGGCAGCAGCUACACACGAGCGCAAGUACAGUUGGACACAAUGACGGAAGUUUGGAGGCCGCUGAUUGGCUAACCCCCAUGCGCUGGGCACAGACUGCGGCCUCUGAUUGGCUGUUGGCAUCCUUCCUGAAGCUGUCGGUGGCAGCGCUGCAGGCUUCACAGAGCGAAUGUCCGUAUGCUGAGGGGAGCCAUGUUGAUGCCUGGUUUUGUGUCAAUCGCUGCACUUUGGAUGGUUAAAGGACUGCGUCUCAAGAAGCGGGAGCCUUAGCGGUUGUUCCUGCACCGCGAUGAGAAGAGGAGAGCGGGUUGGGAUGGUACAGGGAGCGCCAGAGGAGAGCUGCUCUUCCUAGGAUCACCGGACAUCAACGGUCGAUUCAAAGCAAGUGAAGUUGAUGCUAGUUAGCCUGGUAGCUAGGUAGCAACAGCUGUGCGGACGCUGCGUGGGAUGCGGCGUGUGGACUAAACACACAAUUAUCCUCUGCCUGUUGCAUUGUGUUGGGCAAACCAUAAUUAGCCUGCUUUAAGACUUUAGCGUAACAGCGGGGCUGCUGGAUUCAUGCUAGCUUGCUUUAGUUACCAUUGUAGAGCUCGCUAGCUGUUAGCUAACGUUAGCAUGCUGACAACCAGCUCGCAUCUUCAGUCACGACUAACAUUCGCUAGCUGAGUGAACUCUAACUUAUUGUUACUUUCAGACGGUCGUGGAGCACCGUGUUUUGUGACAAAAGAGGAAAAAAAUAACCCGAGUGGAGAUAUGGCGAUACACCCAGUCUCUGUGGAAAGCUACCGCCUGCCCAGCCUGCCAAGGAGCGGCUAACGGGCUAGCAGCAUAACUUUCCUCUCACGGUGUCCCUGCAGCUGCACAGCCAGCUUCUUCGCUAGCCGACCUCUCGUACCUGAAGCAAGCUGGCGUCCCUCCGAGUAGAAGCCGAGGACAAGGAGCUGGGGCCGAUGGCCUGGGUGCUGAAGAUGGACGACGCAUCCAUCGAGUCGGGGCUGGUGCACGACUUCGAUGCCAGCCUGUCCGGCAUCGGGCAGGAGCUGGGGGCUGGAGCCUACAGCAUGAGCGAUGUGCUGGCUCUGCCCAUCUUCAAGCAGGAGGACUCCAGCCUUCCUCCUGAAAGUGAGACCAAAAACCCCCCAUUCCAGUAUGUGCUGUGCGCCGCCACCUCGCCUGCCAUCAAGCUGCACGACGAGACGCUCACAUACCUGAACCAAGGCCAGUCUUACGAGGUGCGUAUGUUGGACAACAGGAAGCAGGACGAGUUACCUGAGAUCAACAACAAGAUGGUGAAGAGCAUAGUGCGGGUGGUGUUUCAUGACCGCCGGCUGCAGUACACCGAGCACCAGCAACUGGAGGGCUGGAAGUGGAAUCGUCCUGGCGACCGUCUCCUUGACAUCGAUAUCCCCAUGUCAGUGGGCAUUGUGGAGCCGAAGACUCACCCCUCGCAGCUCAACGCAGCAGAGUUCCUGUGGGACUUGAACAAGAGAGCUUCUGUUUUUGUGCAGGUGCACUGCAUCAGCACAGAGUUCACUCCCAGGAAGCACGGGGGAGAGAAAGGCGUCCCCUUCAGGAUCCAGUUUGACACGUUCGCCCAGGGAGAGGGGGGAGAGUACAUAGAGCACCUCCACUCUGCCUCCUGCCAAAUCAAAGUCUUUAAGCCAAAGGGGGCGGACCGUAAGCAAAAGACGGACAGGGAGAAGAUGGAGAAACGCUCACCCCAUGAGAAGGAGAAGUACCAGUCUUCUUAUGAUACCACUAUCCUGUCAGAGACGAGGCUUGAGCCCAUCAUAGAGGAUGCGGGUGACCACGAGCUGAAAAAGUCCAGCAAGCGGACACUUCCCGCUGACUGUGGCGACUCCUUGGCCAAGAGAGGCAGUUGCUCCCCGUGGCCAGACAAUGCCUACGUCAGCCCCAACCAGGCAGCUACUCCCUCCUUCACCUCCACCCCACUGUCCACCUACACAACGUCCUCAGUACCAGACAGUUUCUUGUGUUCUAGUGAAUCGUCCUCACCCAAUCACCAGGCAGACCCUGGUAGCCAUGGCAACUCGGAGGUUAUUCUCCACCCUACUCAACUGUUUGAAUUGGUGGAAAAGCAGUUGAGCCCCACCGCCUCCAUACAGGACGCACAGAAGUGGCUGCUGAAAAAUCGCUUCAACUCCUACACACGGCUCUUCUCACACUUCUCAGGUUCUGAUUUGUUGAAGCUAACCCGGGACGACCUGGUCCAGAUUUGUGGGCCAGCAGAUGGGAUCAGACUCUUCAAUGCACUUAAAUCCAGGUCAGUGCGUCCCAGGUUGACAGUGUACGUCUGUCAGGAGUCCCUCCAGGAGAGCCCCCUGCUGGAGAGACAUGCAACCAAUGAAAAUGGAGAUCACAGCAUUUCCUCUAGUUUACACGUUUAUCAUGCUCUGUAUCUAGAGGAGCUCACUGCUGCAGAACUGAUCCGCAAGAUGGCGUGUGUGUGCAGCCUUCCACUGGGAACCAUCAACCAGGUGUACAGACAGGGUCCUACAGGCAUACACAUCCUGCUCAGUGACCAGAUGGUUUACAACUUGCCUGACGAAAGCUGUUUUUUGAUCAGCACUGUCAAAGAUGAAUUGGGCGAAGGACUCCAUCUAAUCCUGAAGUAGUGGAGAGGACAGAUGGCAUCACUAAUACUCCACCCUCUGUUUUGGAGCAGAAGUCUCCCUCUGUCCCUCUCUGCCUGCCUCUACUCUUUCCUCGUACUUCCUCCCGGUCUCUCCAAACAAUCGCUCGUUGGGAAGCAGACUGCGCUUAAAGCCAUGUAAAUGUUAGAAUCUGACAUGGGUGUGUCCACUGUUUCAUAUUGAAAACACUAUUAACUGAGGAGAUUAGUUAAGACGAGAGACUGGGGGGGAUACAGGGUGAGGGGGGUGAUAAUGAUGUAUGUAUUUUGAUUUUAUUAUUUUAUUUUUUGUCUUUUUAUAUGGUUUCUGCGGGCUAAAGGGAGGGGGGGCUUCAGCAGAGAGGGGAGAGACGUUCUGGCUGGCGGGAGAAGGAAAGAAAGCAGAGUUUCCUUAUUGCUCGUUGCCCCUCUUGCACAACGCGCACAACCAGCACUAGGCCAGUAUUUGAUAACCUGUACUGCUGAACAGCAUGCAAUCUCAAUGUACUAACCUGCUUUAAUGAGAAUCCCAAAAUCUGCUUGUUUAACAUUCUCCACGGGGUUGUCUUAAUAAACAAUUUAUUGAUCAGCUGAGCUUGGGAACCCCUGAAAUAUUGGCGUCACCUGUGGACGUUGACACAACUUAUUUUUUUGUCAUGUUUCUUGGACUUUGUCAUAUGGAUAAACUCUUGUCACAUAGAGUAAUCCUUUUGUGAUUUUAGACCUCCAGCCAUAUCUCUGUGUUGACGUCACACUCAGCUCGACUCUCUUCAUGUACGUCCAGCUCGGCCUGCGCUUUUACUGUUUUUAGUUGAUGCUUUAUUUAUGGAUCCGGUGCCAUAUUGGCUUUUUUUUUAGCUCUACCUUUUGCUCACUUUCACAAACACAGUGCAGGUGCACCUCGUCUCGUCUGCUUUCUGUGCUGACUUUAAAAACACUGGUUAGGAGGAGUGCGGGUAACGCCUUUUGGGAUUUUGGCCAUAAUAUGCUGAAAAAAAGUAACACACUUUUUUUUUUUUUAUAGAAGAUUGACAUGUGGAGCAUUAACACCAAUCCAACAACUUCUAUAAUGUGGACCAAACGGGUUUCAGAUUUGUAGUCAUGUAGUUAUUUUGAAAAGCCUCAUUGGCUCUGUACAUCCUGGUCAUCAGAGGCUCUUUUGUAUUCAUAGUAAUAAACCCUCCAUUUGAGGGUCUGCUUAGCGAGAAACAACCCACCACAGCAGGCUGGUAGAAAUGUAUCACAGCCGCCGCAGCCUGGUUUUUUGGUCUUAUCUUGUAGACUAGAAAAUCAUGGCAGCUACACGUCCUUUACAAAUCCUAAAAAAGUGUUUUCAAAUGUAGCUGCACACAGAAAGUACAAGUCACGCGUGCCCUUCGUGACAUUACAUUUCACACAGGUCCUCCUAGUCGCCGUUGGUUUAGUUGACCCCUUUUUAAUUUUGGUACAGUCGCCGGCCGUGUUGGAAGUUCAUACCGUUUGCACGCCUCUUAGUGUCAGAAUGUGCGUGUCUGCAUGUGUAUCAUUUUUUUCGUUCUUGCAAAGAUAACUGAAUUAUGUCGGUAGUUGUCAUAAACUUUUUCCAGUUGGUAUGAUGAAACUGUGUUUAGCUUGCUGUUUAGUAAAAGAGCAUGUUGAAGACGGGGAAAGGAGGGUGGGAGGGAUAAUUCGGUCCUUGUUGAGUGGAACACCUCCUUGUUUUUCCAUAUGUUAGAGACCAAGUCUGCACUGAGAAAUUAAUAAACUCAAGCUCGAUGUGUAGUCAGUAGUCCAACAGCCACACCCGUUUCUUACCUGCCUAUAAGAAGGAGAACAAAAAAAAGAAGAAUGUCAAGCAUCUGUGUUUUUGUCUAACCGUGCGCCAGAGCCAGGACUGUAGCUCUUGUGGUGUUUACAAGGACACAAGUACCACAGCACAGUAAACUGUGUUCAGAAACAGAGCAGAUGUGAUACCAAGUCAGGAAAGACUCUGGUGAGCAGUUUUGGUCCCCUUAAGUCCUGACCAGUCGUCUGUCUGUCUGUGUGUGUGACUGAGUGUGUGUGAGAGUGAGCAGGAGAGGUGACCACUGUUCAUGUACAGCCUAAUGUCAAUGAUGAUGCUUCUCAUGUGCACAGUAUCGUAUGCUGGAGAUGUACACAACCACAUGUGCUGGGAAUAAAUGAUUUCAUAACUUUC